UUCCCUCUCUUUUUUAGUUCAUUCCCGCCAUCGAGAGAGAUGGAAGAUCGUUGUCUCGGUUCUCACAUCUCCCUUUCUCCUUCCAUGGAAGAUAUCCGAACCAAGCUCCUGCGAAUCGUCCGCUGCCAUGAAGAAUCCAAAACUGCAUUCCAGCAGCUCAAAUCGCAGAUCAAGAUCAGCUUACUUGAAGCAGAAGACGUGUUUGCGUCGCUUUCGAUUCCUUUAAUGAGACUCGUCGGUCUCAAGACCGAGGAAAUGGCGGAAGAAGGAAGAUCCACCCGCGUUCUCAUCAACCCCGAUUUUCAGAGUGCUCCGGAGAACAGUCGAAGUCUCCAACAGCAUCGCAGAGGGAGCAAAGCCGGACAUGAAAGCGCGACAAGAAUCCAUAGGGACCGUGAUCGUCAGCAUCGAAAAUCAGAGGAAGAUAGCUACAGUUCUCAAGCUGAGAAGGCACGCAGAGAACUGGAAGAAAAACAACGUCUCCGGCUCCAUCAGCUCGUCUUCAUACUCCGGCAGAUCGAGAAGCUUGUGAAUUCCCGCCAGGCGGCCAUCCUACAGAGCCUCGACGACCACCGCCUCUCCCUCCGCAGGCUCUUCCAGAAGGCCACCUCAUACCUUUUCAACAUCCGCCAACGAGACCAACCCAUCGACCCAAUGCUCAUCGCUGCAUUCAGGCUCCUCCGGGCCACGUUCGAGCACGUGGGCCUGACCCUUGGCUCGGUGGAGGACGACGUGGAAGCAAUGGUGCAGGAGCUAGCAGAGAAGAUGUGCGAGCCCAUGGCGGGCCAUGUUAAGAGCCUAAGGGCUGACAUGGAGAGGGGCCCGGCAGGCCAGCUUGUGGGCGUGGUGGAGGAGAUGGAGUGGGCAGUGAGAGAGAAAGUAGCAGAGGCGGAGGUUGCGAGGAAGAGGGCGAAGGCGUCCGAGGAGGAGAAGGCUGAGGUGGUGAGGAGAUUGAAGGAUUUUGAAGAAAAUGUGAGGAGUACGAAGGAAUUCAUUGGGCUGUUCAUGGAAGCCAAGAGACGGGGGAUGGAGCCUUCCACCGUUGCUCAUAAGCUCUUGGCAAUGGAGAAAGAUCAAAGAGCUGAUGACAAGCUGCUGUGGAAUAUAUUGAAUCAGAAGAGGCAAAGACAACAAGAAGCCAGCCCUGUGGGGCCCACGCUUCUCUACUCUCCCCAAAACAGCACAUUAGCCAACGUUAAUCGCGUCGAAUCCUACCGCAAAAACAACCUCCAUGGAGAUGAGAUCUUGACGAUGGACCGUCCAUCAAGGAAGAAUGACACGCAGACUCCGAGACCGGUCAUCAUUAGCCCCAGGCCCAUCACUAGGAGCUAUUCGCGCAAGUUCGUUCGGGAGACCCAGCGUGCUGGCCCAUCGUUGCCGCAGUUAGGUCCGUCGCCUUCCUCCAUCGUUCCGAACAGCAGCAGGUCCCACAAACACGGCCCCCCUUCCACUCGGUCUACCAAAGGUAAGCUGUACUCAUGAUAUGAUCAUCAGAUUCUUGGGUUGUUUUACUAAUUAGAUGAUUGCAAGACGUUUUCACGGACGGAUCAGAUGAUUUCUGAUAAUGAGAAUGAAAUCCGCAAAAAGGUUGGAAUGCAUA